CAUCCAUCCCAUCUCAAACCUAACUCCCAUAUGAAACCGCUCCCCCACCACUUUCUCUACAGAGAUGCCGCCCCUCGAAAACGCGGCCUACACCAUCGGAUGGAUCUGUGCCCUCCCACUGGAAAUGGUCGCCGCGCGCAGCAUACUAGACACCAGCCACGGCAAGCCUGCUGAGCAGCACGCGCGAGAUGAUAAUAGCUAUUUCCUGGGUAGUGUUGGCGCGCACAAUGUGGUCAUCGCUUGCACGUCGUCCUACGGGACUGUCAAUGCUGCUGUCGUCGCGGCCAAGAUCCCCUUUAGUUUUCCGUCUGUGCGGUUCGGGUUGUUGGUGGGCAUUGGGGGCGGGGUUCCCAAGCUGACGUGCGAUAUUCGGCUGGGAGACGUGGUUGUUAGUCGCCCUUGUGGGACGUCGGGGGGUGUUGUAAGGUGGGAUUUGGGGAAGGCGCUGGUUGGGGGGGAGUUUCAGCGUACUGGGGUCUUGAGUAAGCCGCCUUUGGUGCUGUUGAAUGCAUUGGCUGCGCUGGAGGUCGAGUAUGAACUUGGACUGGGGCUAAUGGAUGAUUUAGGGCCGAGUAUGCAUACCAGGGGACAGACCAUGAUAAGCUCUAUCUACCGGACUACGCGCAUCCCGAGGGAGGAGAGACCUAAUAGAGAAACCCUUGAUCCCGUUGUGCACUACGGCAUCAUCGCGAGUGGAGAUCAGGUUAUCAAGGACGCGAGGAAGAGGGAUGAGAUUGCGCGCGAGAUUGGAGCGCUGUGUUUCGAGAUGGAGGCCGCCGGGCUGAUGGAUAAUUUCCCGUGUCUUGUUAUCCGGGGGAUAUGCGACUAUGCGGACUCGCAUAAGAACAAGCGCUGGCAGCGGUAUGCUGCUGUCGCUGCUGCUGCGUUUGCGAAAGAAUUGCUGGGUCAGAUUACGCCGCAGGCUGUGGACCAGACUCCGACGGUAGCGGAGGUGUUGAAAGAGGGUGCUCUAACUAACCGCAUCUCAGAGAAAACACGGUCUCGCAUUGUGAACUGGAUUCCUGCGAACGACUAUGGAUUCCGGUAUACUAAAGUUCUUAGCGAGCGUCAGGAAGGUACGGGAGGAUGGCUUCUAGAGUCGUCCGAGUUCCGUUCCUGGCUCUCAGAUGAGACGAAUAUGUUGUUCUGUCCAGGGAUUCGAGGCUCGGGGAAAACAGUCUUGACUGCAGUCACAUUUCUUUACUGUGACUACAAGAUGCGAGACCAGCAAGAUGUGCCCCAGCUACUGUCGUCUAUGCUGAAGCAACUGCUACAGCAGACGCCCGUGAUACCAGUUGAGGUCAAGUCGCUUUAUGAGCGCCAAUCAAUUCUGGACAUCAGUAUGGGCCUGCAGGAGGUCAAAGACGCUAUUUUGUGGACGCUCCAAGGGUAUGCCAGGACCUAUUUGGUGGUUGAUGCCCUGGAUGAGUGCGCCGAAGAUGUCCAAGUAGACCUGGUGAGUUGUAUCCGUGAGCUUCAAGAAAGCCGCCAGGUAAAGGCCUUAAUCACGUCGCGAGAUAUCAGGCGCAUUGUGCGACACUUUGAAGACGACACUAUCCUACCAAUUCACGCCCACACAGAAGAUGUAAAGAAGUAUGUGGAGGGAAAUAUGGCGCGUCUGCCGGCAUUUAUAGCCAGCAACAUUGAUCUUCAGGAGAUGGUCAAGACACAAAUUGUCCAACGAACAGAAGGGAUGUUCCUUCUGGCGCGCUUACAUCUAAUGUUGAUCAAGCAUCAAGUGUCGGAAAAGAAAGUCCGACUCGCCUUGAUGGAGCUUCCUCGCGGCGAGGGGGGCUUAGAAGAUGCUUACGGUAGUGUGAUGCAACGAAUAGAAAAUCAGCCCCUCGAAUACCGAAAGCUGGCACAGCGAGUUCUUUCCUGGAUUGUAUAUGCCGAGAGGAUUCUCAGUCCUUCCGAAUUGCGACAUGCUCUGGCUGUGGGGGAAGGAGCGGAGGACAUUGACGAGACCGACGCCCCUGACCUGGAUAUUAUGGUCUCUGUCUGUAUGGGUUUAGUUACCGUUGAUCUACCCAGCAACACAAUCCGUCUAAUCCAUGUCACUACACAGGAGUAUCUCCGAGGUGUCAGAGAACCCUGGAUGUGUUCUGCGUAUGAGGACAUGGCCGUGACAUGUAUUCGAUACCUGUCUCUGCAGCCUUUCAAGAGUGGCCCAUGUCAGAACAUCCAGGCCUUGCGGGCGAGACAAGCCGGCUACGUUUUUCUGAAAUAUGCCGGCGCUCACUGGGGACACCACGCACGCCCGGACGGCACUUCAUUGGGCAAUGAGAUUGAACAAUCAGGAUGCCGUGGAAGGGCUCUUGAGAGGCAAGGCUGA